GCCGGCCCCGACCGACCCCGAACCAGUUCGUUCCGCCCGGUCGCCGCACCACCCGCCCCCCCAAACACCGGCGGUGGUCAUGCCGCCUCCGCCUCCUCCGCAACCCCCCCCCCCCCCCCCUCCGCCGCCGCCGUCUUCGCCCCCUCCUCUCAGCGCCCACCGCCUCCCUCUCCCGCCCGCGCCGUCCUCUCCCACCUCGCUCCUCCUCGCGCCGGCCCCCUCCCCGUCCCGCGCCUUCGCGCUCCUCUUCCCGGACGCCUCCGCGCGCCUCUUCGCCUCCCUCCCCGCCCCCGCCUCCGCCGCGUCGCCCGCCCCAGCUCCCACCCCUGUGCCCUCCCCGCUCGCCGCCGCCGCCUGCUUCGCGCUCCUGCUCCCCUCCUCCCACCUCCUCUUCCUCUCCGCGCACCCGGCCCCCUCCUCCCCCGCGGUCCACCUCCGCGCCUACUCCCUCGCCUCUGCUCGCUUCGCCCCCGCCCCGCUCUCCUUCAAGCGCCACGUCUCGCCCUCCGGCCUGCCCCUCCACGGCCUUCCGUUCGGCCUCGGCGUCCGCCUCGCGGGCGGGGUCAACGCCGUGGCGCUUCUCUCCCUCGCCGCCGGGCAGAUCUGGGUGCUUGCACCGAGGAUGGCCGCGGACGGGAGGACGCUUGAGCUGCACAAGUGUGCGGUCAUCCAGCUCGAGCCAACGCGGCCGGUGUAUGCCAUGGAGGUCGCCAUGGGGAGGCUGCUGCUCGGCGAGGCUGGCGGCGUGCGCGUGUUCCCACUGAGGAGUUUGAUGAAGGGUGGGAGGGAGAAGGAGGGGAGGAAGGAGGGUGCCGCGGCAUCAGCAAAGAAGAGCUUGCAUAAGAAAAACGGGAUUCUGAAUGGACUGAUUGUGCCAGUUGGGCGUGGUAGUGGCGCCCGAGGUGGUCAAGGAGGUGCUGCUUCCGACUGUAAGCUUACAACCUUGAGGGUA